ACACGUACUCUCAACCGCUCAGGUGUUAACCAACAGGUAAACCGGCGUUCUUCAUUUACCUGUGCUCACACCUGGUCGGAGGAGGGGACAUGUGUUGCUGAAUCAGCUAAAGAACUGCCCAAGACAGUGGUUCGUUAGAGUUCUUGGACGAAUUAAGAGUUGACUUUAAGUUGACGACGAUUUGUGUUUGUCUUUCGCUUUGGGGAUGUCAUUGGAGUUUAGCAUUAUUAAAGAAAACGGAUAACGCCAACAAGUACACGAAAGUCCUUAUACGAUUGAAGGAUCAUCAAUUAAAAAAGAACUUAUUUACAGAAACUCAAGCAGCAAAAGUACGGGAUAUCCAUUGCAAUGAGUACGUCGCUGAGAUCCCAGAGAAGAAACCAACAGACAAUUAAACGUUUGUAAUUACACAGUGUGGAGGAACGCAAAACACCCCUUUGUGGUUGAAGAAACUUCGUGUGAUACAGGCAAUAAUGUCAGUCUUAAUAUCAGAACAGAUGGAAGUACAUUUUACAACACCAAACAAAGGGUUUAUGGCAAGAGUUGAUUUUGUUCGUGAGUUCCUCGCAGUUUGAUUGUCAACAGUUAAGAAGUGUAUUGAAUAAGCCCAAAUUUCAACUGAGUUUCAACAUAAACCUAUAUUUUUUAUGGUUAUUUUCCAGUUUGAUCGUUUUUGUUUGUUUCUUAACUGUGAGUGUAAUCAUAUUUAACGAGAGAUAAUUUCUCGAGAAGAUUUCCCACCCGGUUUACGGCGCUGAGAAUAAGUACUUUCAAUUAUUUGUUUAUAAAAUACACCCGGAUUUAUUUCUGAGAUGUGGUGGGACUCAUGUGGGAUACGACUAAAUUACGUUGGAAAUUAAUAAAGUUAACCUACAUUAAAGAUUCGUGUGCGAAGAACUGAGAAGAUGAACUCCAGACAAUGUAUGGGCAUACUCCACGUUAUCACAGUGUGUUUUGUAUUCAGCCAUACUGGAGUACAGUCACGUGAUAGAACAAAGGGAACAGACCAUAAAAAGAUCUCUUGUGACUUCCGGUGGAGCGCCUGGAGCGAGUUCUCGCCAUGUUCUCGUUCGUGUGGUCUCGGCAUGAAAGCUCGUCACCGUACGUGCUACGAGUAUGGACCCGACCCCAGACCAGUUGAUGGCAAGAACUGCAAGGGAAAGACGCGGGAUCACCAGGCAUGUAAUACUCAGCCCUGCUCGCCAGGUUCACGCGACUUCAGAGAACUCCAGUGCUCUUUCUUCAACGGGCAGACAUACAGAGGGAGAGUUCACCAAUGGAAGGCUUUCACUACACGUGGUGGAAGGGGUCAGGUAAGCGAUCCCUGCGCAUUGAUGUGCGCAGCGGAGGGAUACAGUGCUGUAGUGGUGAAGUUUUCCCAACGCGUAGUGGAUGGCACUGAGUGUGGAAGUAGUCCAAAGAGAGUCUGCGUGGCCGGGCUUUGUGUGCCUAUAGGAUGUGACAGUCGUCCGUAUUCUAACAAGACGCAAGAUCAUUGUGGUGUGUGCGGCGGCAGGAACGACACAUGCCACACUGUAACGAAGACGAUUUCCUUCAGGUUACCUUCAGGUACGACUGAGUUGCUGCGGAUCCCGGUGGGUGCACGAUAUGUGAAGGUUACAGAACGCCCGCGUAAUGGAGUCAUCUUGUCUCUGAAGAACGCUCAGGGCACGGUGUCCAUCAACGGCCGCAGUGGGCGAGGUCACUCAACAGAUACGAAGCUAGUGGCUGGCACUGUGGUAUACUACUACCACCCUAGCAUGGGAGUGAAGAAUAUCAGAGCUGAAGGGCCUCUGAACGAUACCCUUAUUGUCAUGGGUCAUUCCAGACAGCCUAGUAGGGUAUCCUUGUGGUAUGAAUACACUAUCCAUAAUACUAAAACAAAAACUACCCAGGGGGUCGUCAGGGCCGGCCUCGAUAAUCCCGACCCCAGCUACCCAUGGCAGUCUCUCCUGUACAACCACGUGGUAUCGGGGAGGGGCAUGGCGGGACAUAAAUCACUCGCCAACCCCACGCCUAUUGUGGCUCUGGCCACGUCUACAGUUCAGCCAUCCUGCCAAAGGAAACAUGCUGUCAUCCAAGGCAAGGUACCUCAUGGCAAGAGUUAUCACAGAAGACGCGUGGGAAGAACAUUUGGAACGUUUCAUAGAAUGAGAGGACGGGGCCCUGCGAAAUCUGGUCGGCGGAAAUCAUUUUCAAGAUCGGCGCAUCGCCGUAGGGUACAUAAACCUGCGGGUAGAAGAAAGCCGUCGAGAAGGAAAGAAAGUGUAAAGACUGUUUAUUCCAAGAUGGGUAUUUUUAAAAACGUUUCACGUUCCUCAGGAAAUAGGGCAAAGAAAACGCGUCCGUUUUCAAACAUUGCUCAGAAGAAAGGUACCGAAGCUUGGCCCAGAGGAUUUAUGGUAAUGAAGCAAAAUAACACAGAGCCUUCUCAAGGUUAUAAAACUGAUGAAAGAAGUGCAAAGUCGACUUUGAAGCCGGCUACCACCAGAACGAUUCAAAGUGUGGAACCAAUCACAUUAACGCCGGUCUCUCCUGGUACAGCCGUGAACGGUAGCGACACAGUGGUAGCUACCACCGUGCUGACGACCGGGUUUGUCAACUUUACGAAAACAAAGAUAUCAACUACACCACAACCAACUGACGAAGUACUAAUGCCAUUUGAAAACGUAUCUGUGGUGAAUCCCUCAAGGCGGUCUCCCGUGGAAGCAGCUAUACCCACCUACAUGCCUGACGAAGACCCCAGGGCAUCCAAGGAGGACCUCAGCAUUGCAAGCAGAACACUGGGAUCCAAUUCUUCAGAAGGGGAAAGCCCAGACCUUCAGGUUGGCCUGUCAAUUCAAGUCGCGACCAGAAAACCCGAGAAGGCAGAGAGAAGACGUCGAGGCCGGGGAAGGAAGAGAAAGAAAGAAGACAGAUUCAUCUGGCGAGCCAAUGACGUCACGCCCUGUACUUCCACGUGCGAAAUAGGGACCACGGUGACGUUUUUCAGCUGUUAUCAACGCACGGGCGAGAGGGUAGAUGACAGGUUCUGCAACGGCCAAACGAAGCCGCCGCCGUCCCACCACGCAUGCGCAGGCAGAACCUGUAAACCCAGGUGGGUGGCGGGGUUGUGGAGCGAGUGCUCGGAGAGUUGCGGGGAGGGACGCCAGGAAAGGACCGCGCGAUGUUGGCAGAUGAUGGCGCCCGGAUUUGACAGCACUGUGCGAGACUUCGCAUGCAAGCCCGCUGACAAGCCCCAAACAGUUCGCACCUGUCGUAAGCUGAGAAGUUGUGUUCCACAAUGGGAAAUAUCAGCAUGGGAAGAGUGUUCAACAGAGUGCGGCUAUGGUGUUCAAUUACGUCACGUCCGGUGCAGUAAUGAAAACGAGGCUACGUGCAGCACACGCCGGAGGCCCCCUGACAGAAGGCCCUGCAGGAACAAGCCGUGCAUCAACCACUGGUUUACAUUGCCCUGGUCGUCUUGUUCUGGCAUGUGUGGUGUGCGGAAGCGGAAGGUGUAUUGCCGGGACAACCAAGGCCGGGCGGUUGACGACCGGAAGUGCGACUACAAUACCAAACCCCUCACUGUUCACGCGUGCGGUCACUGCCAGAACAAGUGGGUGCCCCAGGAGUGGGGAGAGUGUUCUGUGACCUGUGGUGGAGGGGUCACCACGAGACGUGUUGUAUGCGGCGCAACCAGCAGGGGCAGCUUCCACAUCCGGCCGGACUCGUACUGCAUAGAGGAAGCCAGACCCCCCACCACCACCAGGUGUCGCACCGCGCCAUGUGGUGCAGCCUGGUACACCACAGAGUGGUCCGAGUGUUCUGAAUCGUGUGGCACAACCGGUUUCCGGUACCGUGACGUCAGAUGCUACGGAGGGCCGGAUACGGAAGUGUGCGACGCUAAAAUACGACCCGAUGAACGGGAACGAUGUCAACUCCAGCCAUGCGAAAAGGAGAUAAGAUGUGAGGAUGACGGCGAGACGCAGUGCCACCUGGUGGUUUCUGCCAAACUCUGUUCUCACAAGUACUACAGAAAAGCUUGCUGCGAAACAUGCUCCAUGCACCCUUAGUCAGGCACUGAUGGAGGACUCGUUUCAGACACCGGACAAAAUCAUGAAAGACACGGUGCUCCUGUUGCGCACACUAUUUAUAAGUGACACUUUGAAAGAAAGAGUUGACUUAUGAAUGUAAACAUCUUUAUUAUUUCACUUGCAUAUUCGGUACUUUCUCCAUAAGGAGUGGCGGUCUGGUAGCCUAGUGGUUAAUGCGUUCGCUCGUCCCGCCGAAGACCCGGGUUCGAUUCCCGACAUGGGAACAAUGUGUGAAGCUCAUUGUUGGUGUCCCCGCCGUGAUGUUCUUGAAUAUUGCUAAAAGCGGCGUAAAAUCAAACUCACUCAUACUCCAUAAGGAUACCAGCACCAGUGAAUAAAGUAGUUAGAAUCAACAAGUCAGCGCUGUCGUUACCGUUGAACACGCAUUUCAGUUUGAAAAUAGUCCUCUGACGAGACAGCGACAUAUGGCGGAAACUAUCUGAAGUACUUACCUCCUCGUGUCUAGACAAUCACACGUGACAUAACAAUAAGUCAUUUUAAGUACGUCUCUGAUUUAUUGUCUCGAGUUUACAACCCUCCAUAUAAUAAUCAUGACACCGAGAUACCACGAGGCUAUGACAGGAUGUGUGUACGGCAACUGAACACGUUAACAUUUCACCUACUAUAGCUUGUUUAAUCAUUAAGUGAUUAUUUACAUUAACUACUGCCAUAUUAUUAGCCCUCUGUAUUCUUUGUGUGAAAUUUAGCUAUGACACUGGUAGAAGUGACGACUGGAGGUUUGACUCUAAGAGUAACGUCUUUUGUAACUGAUAGAAAUAAAACAAUUGUAUGAUUAGUGUGUUUUCGGUAGGUAUCUACGCUUAAAUGGCCCAUGGCCGGACGUGCAAAGUGUGAGUGAGUGUGCGUGUGUGUGUGUGUGUGUGUGUGUGUGUGAGCUGACUAGAUCCCCUGUAGCAUGUGCUUGUGAGUUCCGACUGAAAUGGGACUCGGGUGGCCACAAAUUGGGGUUUGAUCUUUACUCAAGCUACCAACCACUGGAGUGUCUGGCAAAUACUCGAUCUUC